AUGCCAGGUGCCUGCGGUCAUCGUCGUCCAUCGUCGGAUAAAACCAAUCUGAAUGUCAGCCGUGGGGUGCAGAAUAGUCCUCCACCUCUGAUAGAGAUGUCCACCGUUGUGCUUGCCCCAUCCGAAGAGGAGAAACGGACAAAAGAUCUUUCUCCCAGUGUCGAGGAUGUCUUUCUACGAUAUCUCAAGCUACCCGAUGUAUCACGAGGCAAAUUGGUCGAAAAGCAAGAGGUUUUGCGCCAAGGCCUCAAACAUGUGAAGUGUGAAGCACAAAUGCUCGAAGCCAUGACAAAAAUGCAGGCUCUCGAGGAAGAAGUCGCAGUGCUUAAUGAUCAGCAACAAGCUGAAGCACAGGAUAAGAUCGGAUCGUACAAUCCAGAGCCAGGAGAAAUUAGAUCGGUUCGAGAAGCUGAAGUGCACGUGAAGUUCCUUAAUGAUGCUAUAACAUCUGAAAGUAACAGCGGCAUCAGUCGGCUCCAAAUAGGGCAACUAUCAAUACUGCCUAUUUUAUCCUGA